UGAUUUGAGAGUUGAGACGAACAAGUUUCCUUCUUCUGCAUUUCGCCCAGAAAAAGAGAUCCGUCCGUAUAUAUUACUCCUUUUUUCAAUCCCUUUCUCCAUCAACAUUAACCCUAAUCCUUGUAUGCCCCCCCCCCCCCACAGAACGCGAAAUCGCAUCGAUAAGCCUUGAAUUUGCGGUGAAAAUUUUCGAAUCUCGUCUCUUGUGAUCAACAAGACAUGCGAUAUCGCCGUUUAUAGAUUGGUGGUUUUCUGGGUUUCGUAUUAAAUUAGGACACUUGAUGGAUAAUAACAAUUGGAGGCCUGAUCUUCCAAAUGGAGAUCCUUCCAUGGACACUGGUGACUGGAGAAGUCAAUUGCCACCUGAUUCACGCCAGAAGAUUCUCAACAAAAUAAUGGAAACACUAAAGAAGCACCUUCCACAUUCUGGAACAGAUGGAGUUAACGAGCUUAGGAGAAUUGCUGCUAGAUUCGAGGAGAAAAUUUUCAACGGAGCUGUUACCCAGAGUGAUUACCUUCGGAAAAUAUCCAUGAAGAUGCUGACUAUGGAGACUAAAUCACAAAAUGCAACCGGCUCUUCCUCAUCUAUCCCUGCCGCUAAUAAUGUCUCAUCCAUGGAUUCAAUAGUACCCAACAAUCAAGGGCACCUUCUUCCGGGAACUUUACCGAACAACCAAUCUCAAGCACCACCUCAGCCGUUGCUGUCCCAAACCAUGCAGAGUAAUACUGUCUCUGGAAUGACUGGUUCCACUGCUUUAACCAAUAACAAUGCCACAGGCGUUGUAAACCAGAACUCCAGUAUGCAAACUGUAGCCGGAAUGUUGCAAGAUUCAUCUGGCCAGCAUGGCCUUUCUUCGAACAUGUUUUCAGGAUCCCAAAGGCAGAUGCUUGGCAGGCCGCAUGCUAUGUCUUCACAACAGCAGCAGCCACAGAGUGCACAGUUUCUUUAUCAGCAGCAGCUGCAGCAGCAACUUCUCAAGCAGAAUUUUCAGUCAGGGAAUGUUCAGCACAUACAACAACAACAGCAACAAAAUUUGCUGCAGCCCAAUCAAAUGCAACAGCCUGGCAUUUCAACAUCUUCCUCAGCUGUGAGCUCGGCUCCUCACCAGGGUCUUCACACAAAUCAGCAGUCAAGUCCUCAGUUGUCUGCUCAGCAGACUACGACACAGUCUAUGCUUCGUCAGCAUCAAUCUUCGCUGCUAAGGCAACAUCCGCAAUCACAACAAGCCUCUGCCAUGCAUCAGCAGCAAACUUCAUUGUCGCAACAGCCUAUUUCUCCUCUACAACAGCAGCAAGCACAAAUGAUGCGACAACAAGCUGCAAAUGGCUCAGGCAUCCAACAGAAGCAGAUGAUGGGACAGAAUGUUGUCGGGGAUAUGCAGCAGCAACACCAGCAAAGGUUACUGAACCAACAAAAUAAUAUUCUGAAUAUGCAGCAGAAGCAGCAAAUACCGGGCCAACAGCAGCUGAUGUCUCAACAAAACAGCCUUCAGACUACGCAUCAGCAACCACUGAGCACUAGUCAUAGCAAUGUUGCAGGACUGCAGCAACCACAACAACAGUUGCUCAGUUCCCAGGUUGGUAAUUCGAGCUUGCAGACUAACCAGCAGUCGGUGCAGAACAUGUUAUCACAGCCAACGGUUGGGCUACAACGAACUCAUCAGGCUGGCCAUGGCGUCUUUUCUUCUCAGGGCCAACAGUCACAGAAUCAGAUGAUACCCCUUCAGUCGCAUCAUCAGCAGCUAGGUUUGCAACAACAACAACCUAAUCUGCUACAACAGGAUGUGCAACAAAGACUACAAUCUUCUGGCCAAGUCACUGGUUCCCUACUUCCACCUCAAAGUGUAGUGGACCAACAGAGACAACAAAUAUUUCAAUCCCAAAGAACUCUUCCGGAGAGGCCAUCAUCUUCACUGGACUCGACGGCACAGACGGAGAGUGCAAAUGGAGUCGAUUGGCAAGAAGAAGUUUUCCAAAAGAUCCAAACUAUGAAAGAGGCGUACUUACCAGAUCUUAGUGAAAUAGAUCAGAGAGUUGGAGCCAAGUUACAGCAUGAUUCUUCUCUUCCGCCCGAACAAAGAUCAGAGCAGUUUGAGAAAUUAAGACAAUUCAAGAAUAUGUUAGAGCGAAUGAUACAAUUCCUAUCGGUUCCGAAGAUCAAUAUCAUGCCUGCAUUAAAGGAUAAGGUAGCUAAUUAUGAGAAGCAGAUUAUAAAUUUCUUAAAUAAUAACAGGCCGAAGAGGCCAGUACAUCAAGGGCAGAUGCAGCAACAAUCAGCUCAGAACAGUCAGGAUCAGUCUCAUGAUAGUCAAGCAAAUAAGCAGAUGCAGUCAAUGAGCAUGCCGCCAAGGGCACAACAGAGUAGUCUAGCAAAUAUGCAGAACAAUGUUCUAUCAUCUCGUCCUGGAGUUUCAGCUCCGCAGCAGAACAUUCCCUGUUCCAUACCGGCUUCUAGUUUAGAGUCAGGCCAAGGAAAUGCACUGAGUAACGGUCAGCAGGUUGCCAUGGGAUCCAUGCAACAAAAUACUUCUCAACAAGUGAAUAACAGUUGUGCCUCUGCUCAAAGUGGGUUAAGUACUCUGCAGUCUAAUUUUAACCAAGCCCAGUUAAGUUCCGGUUUGCUUCAGCAACAGCACCUGAAGCAACAGCAGGACCAACAAAUGUCGCAGCAGUUCAAACAGCAACUUCAGCAGCGCCAAAUGCAGCAGCAGCAGCAGCAGCAGCUGCUACAGAAGCAGCAGUUAAGUCAGCAGCAGCAGCAGCAGUUGCAAGCAAGACAGCAAGGGGCACAAAGUGAUAUGAAUGAUUUAUCAGCGAGGCAGGGGGUGAAUGUCAGUCGUGGGAUGUUCCAGCAACAUUCUCUGCAGGGUCAGCGUGCUACUUAUCCCCUUCAACAGUUAAAACCAGGCUCCCAGCUUCCUGUUACGCCGCCUCAACUUCUCUCAGGUGCAUCUCCUCUGAUGACACAACAACAUUUCUCUCCUCAGCUCGACCAGAAAAAUGUGAUGUCAUCUAUCAACAAGAUGGCAACUCCAUUGCAACCUGCACACUCCCCUUUUGUUGUUCCGUCUCCUUCAACCCCCCUGGCUCCGUCCCCUAUGCAAGUUGACUCUGAGAAACCAUCUGGAGCAAUGGGAAAUACUGCACGCCAACAAGCAACUGGCAUCAUGCAAAGUGGAGUUCAAUCCAUUGCAAUUGGGACUCCAGGGAUCUCUGCAUCUCCUCUCCUUCAGGAGUUUACCAGUCCUGAUGGAAAUAAUUUAAAUCCAAGUGCGGCGGAGCUGCCUAUUGAACGCCUUAUUAGAGUCGUGAAGACCAUCUCACCGCAAUCACUUUCUUCUGGAGUAAGUGACAUCAGAUCUGUUGUGAGCAUGGUUGAUAGGGUAGCCGGUUCAGCCCCCGGAAACGGUUCAAGAGCUUCAGUUGGUGAGGAUUUGGUUGCAAUGACAAAGUGUCGUCUCCAAGCAAGAAACCUCAUGACGCAAGAAGGAAUGACGGCGACCAAGAAAAUGAAACGUCACACAACUGCAAUGCCAUUAAGUGUUGGUGAUAACUACAAUCAGUUCGCAAGUUCAGAAACAUCAGAUCUGGAAUCUACUGCGACCUCUGUUGGCAAGAAGGCCAGAACUGAGAGGGAGCAUGCCCUUUUGGAGGAAAUCAAGGAAAUAAACCAGCGGCUGAUAGAUACAGUUGUUGAGAUUAGUGAUGAUGAAGAUGCUGAUGAUCCUAGUGAGGGAGCAACAGCAAGCAAAGGUUGUGAAGGAACAACAGUAAGAUUCCUGUUUAAAGCGGUUUCUCUCAGCCCAUCCUUGAAGGCUCAUCUCUUAUCAACCCAAAUGUCUCCUAUUCAACCAUUGCGUCUGCUGGUACCUUGUAGCUACCCCAACGGCUCCCCAUCUCUCCUGGAUAAACUCCCGGAGGAGACCAGCAAAGAGAAUGAGGACCUGUCAUCCAAGGCUAUGGCAAGGUUCAACGUAUUGCUAAGAAGUUUGUCACAGCCGAUGUCGCUCAAAGACAUAGCCAAGACAUGGGACGCAUGCGCUCGGACUGUGAUCUGUGAGUACGCACAGCAAUUUGGAGGUGGAACUUUCAGCUCAAAAUACGGUGCUUGGGAGAAAUUUGUAGCCGCUUCCUGAAUCUGAUAUGCAUCUCUCUUCAUGUCCUUAAUGUAACUCUGUGACUCACAGUGUUUAUCAAAUGUCUGAUAUCGCUAUGAUUCUUACUUGUUACUGUUUUUCAGGUCAAAAUUAUAUAAAAGGCCCCAGUUAUCCUU